AGAAAGAAAAUGAAAGUCUUCAAGAGUAUCCUGAUAGUAGCAAUCAGUACAUUUAGCCUAUUGGGCGAAUUGGAAGCUCACGGCAUGAUGUUGAGUCCGGUGGGCAGAUCCUCACGAUGGCGUUACGAUUCUUCAGCUCCCAAAAAUUAUGACGAUAGUGGAUUAUACUGUGGCGGAUUCUGGAAACAAACUGAAAACGAUGGGCAAUGCGGUCUGUGCGGAGAUGAUUGGAGUCUGGAACAGCCACGUCCCAAUGAGUUGGGUGGAACUUAUGGCAGUGGAGUGAUCGUACAGACUUUCACUGGCACCACCGAGGCUGAAAUUAAUGUAAAAAUCACUGCCAACCAUCUCGGCUACUUCAGCUUCCAUCUUUGCAAUAUAGACGAACAGGGCAGCGAAUCGGAAGAAUGUUUCAGUCAGUAUCCCUUGAAAUUUACCGAUGACAGCUUGAAGUACUACAUUAACUCCACAACUGGAGAGAUUCCGGUAACCGUUCAGCUGCCCACAAAUCUGAACUGCAUCCACUGUGUCCUGAGGUGGACCUAUACGGCUGGCAACAACUGGGGUGUGUGUGAGGAUGGAACGGGAGCUAUGGGCUGUGGAGCUCAGGAAACUUUCAAGAACUGUGCAGAUAUUAGUAUUCUGUCUUCGGCUAGAAGUAUUAUCCACGAACUGCCUAUAGAGGUUUCUGUUUAG